GGUGGUAUAAACAGUACAUACCCGCCUGGCGACAAGACACAACAUAUUGUGAAUCGGAAAUUAGCUAAAUUUUAGCGUGGAUUUUUGCUAAUACUAGACCAAGAAAGCGAAGUUGUAGGUUUGUAGGUGUGACUUGAAUCAUAAGAUGACAAAUUUUGGUGUUUUUUUCUUUGUUGGAGUUAUAAGCCUUGUUUUUUUCUCAUGUGAAGGGAUAAUCACACAACCACCAGAUGGAACCACAUUGUUCUUUUCACCUGACCAAUCAAAAGCAGAAAUAGUUUGGUCAUUCAGUGAUGAAAUAACAAAAGUGCGUUUCAGGGAUUGGAGUUUUCUAAGUAGUGAUGGAUCAAUACAAGCACUGGCAGAAAUACAAAACGAUGGCGAACCAAAAAUACUUACCAAUAAAUUGCUUGGGAUUGAAAUACGAAAACCAGCAACAUUGAUUUUAAACAAAGUUAAUGAAAGUUAUAAUGGAACAUAUCAGUUUGCACUUAAAACAGCUCUAACGACGAUAUCUUCUGUUUCGGUUUUUAUCACAAAAACGCCAUUGGUAACAGUCAAUUGUUCCCGUUAUGUCAGAAAAAAUAUAAGCGAUGUCUUCUCGUGUCUAUGCGAAGGACAAGGUGGCAAUCCUCCUGCCAGAGUUACCUGGUAUAAAGAUAAAAAGAUUAGCGACACAGGAAAAGAAAGUCAAUUAUUAAUGUUCCGUGUCAACAGUAAAAGUGAUAGUGGGGAGUAUACUUGUGAAGCUAAAAGCCACGAAAACGCAGUGAAUAAAACAGUUAUUGAGUUGAUUGUGAAUUAUCCACCUGAAGAGACAAAAAUAACGUUGACAAGAAACGCUGAUGAAUCAGUUACUGUAAAAUGUUCAGCUCAGGGGGAACCUGCACCAAGCUAUAAAAUAUUCUUCAAUGAUACUAAGUUACUGGCCAGUAGCACUACCUAUAAAAUACCUGAGGUGAACAAUGAUACUGUUGGAUAUUAUAAAUGUGUUGCAAGGAACAUUCUUGGAGCUGAUUCUUCACAGCCAAAAUAUUUAUCCAUAACAGGACCACCAGCAACAACAAGCACGACCUCUACCAAAGGCAAUGGAACAGUUGAAUCCGAUGAUGACGAAGGUGAUGAUGGUGGUCUUUCCGGUGGUGCUAUUGCAGGAAUCGUUAUUGGUGUUUUGGUGUUUAUUAUUAUUGUUGCCUUUCUGGUGUACUUUUUCUUCUGUACAUCCAAAGAAAAAAGUGGAUAUAGGGGAAAUCCGAACGUAAAAUCAGGUGGAAUUGGAGAAAGCCAUUACGAGCUUGGAGAAAACGCACGUGGAAGUCAAGGGGAUAAUGAGUACGACACCGCCAUCAGUACUCGUAAUGAAGGAGCUCGCAAGCCAAUCCCUGAAACUCUUCCACCUGUGUAUGCCCAGGUUGACAAGGACAACAGAGAAGGAAAACCGUUGUAUGCAUCACUGGACACAGCCGCAUUGAACACUCCAUCAGACAGUUCGAAGAAGCGACCUGACGAUCGCCGUAUACCCACCGAAUAUGCGGCUAUUGACCAUAGUCGUACCACCGAGGCGCCAAAGGCUGACUUAGUGUGAGCAGAAGAACUGUAGAUGGGAAAAGAGGAAACGUCUUGUGGGAUGCUGAAUAUAUAUAUUGCUGAGUAGUAACAACUUGCAAUAUAUCCUAGUGUAGAAAAAUCACGAAUCGUGUUCACGCAUGCGCACAUUUUUUAAAGUAGCUAGUUAUAAACAAUUGUGCGAUAAUGGUCAUGAUAUAUAUAUUGUACUGCCAUACUUAACUGCAUGGAAAUAUCUAACAGUGGGUGAAUAUAGCUCUGAACACGCUUAGGGGCUGUUUACAUGAGCCCGGUUACCCGAGAUUCAACGAAGCGUGAGAUGAUUUUGAGGUAUUGAAAUGA